GACGCUACUUAUAGGAGGCAGAAGGCCAGUCGGAGCGAAACCAUGAGAUGAUUCAACUCCAAUUCAUUACAGACACGGUCGAGCAGGAAGACUGUGAAACACCACGCGUUCUCCUCACAAGUACACAGAGCAACGUGCUCUCACAUCCGAACUAGCAGAAAGCAAGUGGCUGCACGCACACUUUCACAGUCGCGUCUCAAAAUAGACAAUCCAUUCCUAACCUAUUUUUGUCUCGUCAAGCGGAACAAUGUCUAGUUUGAAGAAACGAAAUUCGAAUUCAUCAGCAGAACGAGAAGAGGAGGAGAGGCAGGUAACAGAGAAGAUGUUGUCCACGGCCGAUGGUGAGAACGGGGACACGAACCGAGAAAGCCCGAACAAAGCAGAUGGUUCCGCAGCCGGCGAGACUGUGGUCCUUCAGAGGAACAUAACGCUGUUGAACGGUGUGGCUAUUAUUGUUGGCACCAUCAUCGGUUCGGGCAUCUUUGUGACUCCGACUGGAGUGGUCAAGGAAGCCGGUUCCGUUGGACUGUCGCUCAUCAUAUGGACAGUGUGUGGGGUGUUCUCUACCGUCGGUGCCUUGUGCUACGCUGAGCUGGGCACAACCAUCUCUAAAUCGGGCGGAGAUUAUGCUUAUAUCCUCGAGGUUUACGGCUCUCUUCCAGCUUUCCUGAAACUGUGGAUCGAGCUGCUCAUCAUCCGACCGUCAUCGCAGUAUAUCGUGGCGUAUGUCUUCGCCACGUACCUGCUGAAACCCAUCUUCCCCGUCUGCCCAGUGCCCGAAACGGGGGUGAAGUUGGUGGCUUGCAUGUGCAUACUGUUGCUGACUGCUAUAAACUGCUACAGUGUCAAAGCCGCUACACGGGUGCAGGACGCCUUCGCCACCGCCAAGCUGCUCGCCCUGGCCCUCAUCAUCAUCAUCGGCUUCGUGCAGAUCGGCAAAGGUGAUGUUGAAGGCCUGUUGCCUGAGAAUUCCUUCAAAGGGUCCAAAUCUGAUUUUGGGAACAUCGGAUUGGCUCUGUACAGCGGCCUGUUUGCCUACGGUGGCUGGAAUUAUUUGAAUUUUGUCACUGAAGAAAUGAUCGAGCCAUUCAAGAACCUCCCGAGGGCCAUCAUCAUCUCCCUGCCCAUUGUAACCGUCGUCUAUGUGCUCACCAACCUGGCCUACUUCACCACCCUCACCACGGAGGAGAUGUUCAACUCCGAUGCCGUCGCUGUGGAUUUCGGGAAUUACCACUUGGGCCCGAUGGCCUGGAUCAUCCCCGUGUUUGUGGGUCUGUCCUGCUUUGGCUCUGUCAAUGGCUCUCUCUUCACUUCCUCCAGAUUGUUCUUUGUUGGGGCAAGAGAAGGUCACCUGCCCAGCCUACUGGCCAUGAUCCACCCUACCCUGCUGACGCCUAUGCCCUCUCUCAUCUUCACUUGCAUCAUGACGCUAUUGUACGCCUUCUCCCACGACAUCUUCUCCGUGAUCAACUUCUUCAGCUUCUUCAACUGGCUCUGCAUCGCCAUGGCAAUCGUCGGCAUGAUGUGGUUGCGCUACAAGAAGCCUGAACUGGAGCGGCCAAUCAAGGUGAACCUCGUGCUGCCGAUGUCGUUUGUGCUGGCCUGCCUGUUCCUCAUUGUGGUGUCCAUCUGGAAGACGCCAAAGGAGUGCGCCAUCGGCUUCGGCAUCAUCGCCACGGGGGUGCCUGUCUACUUCAUCGGCGUCAUUUGGCAGAAGAAACCUCAGUGGCUCCUGAAUUUUAUUCUCUUCUCGACGACCCUGUCCCAGAAGCUGUUGCAAGUGGUGCCGCAAAACUCCUGAGAGGGUGGGAGGAGCCCACCUGCGCACAAUGACUCACUGACCGGACCAUGACCCCCAAACCUGCAGCUCACACUGAAAAACCCCUCCAACCCCGCCCCUCUACCCUUACCCGCCCCUCUCUACCCUGACCCGCCCUGACCCACCCUGUCCUGGGAGAGAGGACCCUAGGACACUGCCUCCUCCUCCCUGUGGUAGCCGUUGUGGGGGGUUGAGUGCGGCAGAGG